AUGCAACCAUUCAGGGUUUUUGCUCGAUGGAGAAGUCUGAGCGCGGAUGAGUCCGGCCAUGAAGAGAUUCAGCGAGAAAUCACGCAAAACAAUUCGACACUUUCAUCCAUAUCCAUCGCCGCGCCAUUCCAGUCCAACUCCCUUUCAAAUCGGGAUCAAUCAUGGUCGAGUCAGCCGUCCAUGACUGGAAUAUUUGAAAUCAACGAUAACAACGAGACCGUCUUCAAUGCGGUAGUGGCCUCCGUUCUCCCACGAGUCUUACAGGGCAAAUCAAGCAAUUUCUUCGCAUACGGCCAUUCAGGAAGCGGCAAAACUCACACCAUCAUCGGAUAUGACUAUGAGAAUACCGAAAAUCUCGGCCUCUGUCUAGCUUCUGCCCGUCACUUAAUGCAAGAACUUGCUCGCGUAAAUGCAGAGAACACCGGCGACCAAUUAGGUAUCGGGAUUCGCCUGUACGAGCUCAGAAAGAACAGCGCCUUUGAUCUCCUGAAUGAUCACUGCGAAUGCUUUGUCCGCGAGGGCCCGGACGGGCAGGUCUACAUCCGAGGGAAGACGGAGAUGCUCAAGGAUGGUAAAGUCAGAGUGCGACCAAUCGUGACCAAGGCAUGCUGGAACUUUGAGGAUCUCUCUCGUGAACUGCAGAGGGGACUCAAGCUGCGCGCGACGGGGACAUCGACAGUCCAUGACCAGAGUUCACGGACUCAUGCGGUUAUUGAGCUGGAGAUUAUGACCAAGGAGCUACUUGAGGCGCGGGAUGCGAUUGUUGAACGACAGUCUGAGCUUGUGCCGGUGGGUAAAUAUGCAACGGAUGUCUAUCUGGAAGAGCAGAUCCGGGCUGUCGUACUGGAUGAGAAAGGGAAAUAUGUCCCGAAUCCGGAUUAUCGAGUCGAUCAAGGGCGGAUCGAUGCUGCAGAGGCUAGAAAAGCUGACUUUGAAGCAAGAGUGAGAUCCGCUGAAGAGCAUGAGUCGAGUUUGUUCCAGAGUAUAUCGCGUCGCCAUGCUUGUUUGGGGGGAAAGCUUGUCUUUGUGGAUCUAGCUGGUUCUGAGUACUAUGAUGCAAAGAACGGAUCGAGGCCAAACCAGACAGCUCAGGAAAAGCAAGAGGGGAGGCAGAUCAAUACUGAUCUCCUUGCUCUGAAAGAAGUUAUUCGUGCUCGGGCACAGAAACUAGCUCGAGUCCCCUUUCGAUCAUCGCCGCUCACGAUGGUUUUACGUCAGCAUUUCCAGGCAUCGUCCGAUACAGACUCGGCAAUGAUUUUGACAAUCUCGCCUUCGGCUAGGGACUCUGCUGCUACGAUGAACACAUUGAAGUAUGGAAGUCUGGUAGGGGUUGCGGGGGAUAAGAAAUAG